GAGAAGCCUCAAGAUGGCUGCCUCGCAGGGCACCGCUCACCUCUCCGGAGCCGCCGCCGCUGCUGCUACCGCCGUUCCUCACCCCGCUCAGACCCCCGCCAAAAGCGCCAAGCCAGCCCCGGACAGCCGCUCCCAGCCUUGCCGGGAUUUCAACCCGCCGCCGUCCAAGAAGGUCCGAGUCGAGGAGAGGAGCGUGAAAGCCAAGAAAGUCAGCAGGGACGGGGGAGUGGGAGGCGGCGGAGAGAAGCCCCAGCAGCCCGGGAAGCAGCAGAGUUAUGGCGCUGGGCUGUGGGGCUUCAGCCCGGGCAAGGCGAGCAACCCCCCGCUGCCUGCCGCCGCCUGCGGUGGAGCCCAGCCGCCGACGGGCGUCCACAAAGUCUUCAAACAGAGCGAUUUCUUCCUGCACAAAGCCAAGAAACCGAACAGAGAUAAACAGCGGGAGAAGGGGAAAGGAGGCGGAGGAGGAGGAGAGGAGAAAAAGAAACAUAAACUGCUGCUGACCUCCGGAGCGAACGUGAACAACGACAUCAGCAGAUUCAACAACAUUUCUGCGGUGAAGAGGGAGAACGGGGAUGUCGUAUCGCCACUCCAGGAGCACUCCACCAAGGACAAGACGAAGGAGCGGGAGAAGAAGAAGGUCAAAGAAUGGGAGCGAGACAAGGAGGAGAAGAAGAAGCACAAAGUGAUGAAUGAGAUCAAGAGGGAGAACGGAGAAGUCAAGCAGCCCGUUAAAGAUGAAAAGGAGAAAGCGAAGAUCAGCUUGGAGGAGCUGCAAAUCAAAAAGGUGAAAAAGAAAAAGAAGAAGAAACACAAAGAAGGCGAGAAGCACAAGCGGGUGAAAAUGUACCACCGCUCCUGCCAGACGGCCUGCGCCGGCCUGCUCCUCCACCAUCCCUCCUCUUCCUCGUCCCCGUCUUCUGAGCUGGCGCUCCACUCCUCCCUCUCGCCGUUCAAGUCCCCGCUCCCCGUUUACCCGCCGCUCAACAACAAAGCCUCUCAUCUGCUGCCCUCCUCGCCUCCUCUCGCCUCCAAAUCCCUCUUCGCCUCCGCUGUCCUCAACUCGUCCUCCGCCAAGCCCUGCCUUCCCCCGCCGGCCCGGCGCCGGCCACAGUGCGCCUAUCCCGGCACGGCGCGCCUGGAGUUCGCGCCGCUCAUCCACAUCGAGAACCAGCCGAACGGCGGCGCGCUGGUGGCCCACGCCUACGCCUCCCAGCUGCGCUCGCUCUCGGCCGACCAGCGGCAGCGCUUCGCGCAGGAGUUCGUCACCUUGGCGUUCAGCGAGGACAAAUCCCAGGCAGCUCAUUACGUGAUGGGAAUUAUCCACGGCGAGGCCAGCUAUUUACCGGACUUCUUGGACUAUUUCUCAGCCAAGUUCCCCUCGGCGCCAGUCAAAAUGGAAAUACUGGGGAAGAAGGACAUAGAAACCACAACGAUGGCUAAUUUCUACUCUCAGGUGAAGAAGACGUACAGUCACGGUACCUACAGAGCCGGGGCCAUGAGGCAGAUCAGCCUGGUGGGAGCCGUGGACGAGGAGGUCGGCGAUUAUUUCCCAGAGUUCCUCACCAUGCUGGAGGAGUCGCCUUUCAUCAAGCGGACCCUCCCGUGGGGGACGUUCUCCAGUCUGAGGGAGAUCAGCCCCACCGAGAGCGACGACGGCCCCAUCAUGUGGGUCAGACCCGGGGAGCAGAUGAUUCCCGUCGCCGAUAUACCAAAGUCUCCUUUCAAGAGAAAACGCUCCACCAACGAGGUGAAGAACCUGCUGCAGUCGCUGCCCAGGACCAGCGAGCCCAGAGAGAUGCUGUUCGAGGACCGGACCCGGGCCCACGCCGACCACAUCGGCCAGGGCUUCGAGCGCGAGACCACGGCGGCCGUCGGGGUGCUGAAGGCGGUGUGCGCCGCCGAAGGCAAGGAGCCUCCUCGAGUGACCAAAGACGUGGUGUGUUUCCACGCCGGAGAUUUCCCCUACGUGGUCCAGAGGCUGCAGCUGGACCUCCACGAACCGCCGCUGUCCCAGUGCGUACAGUGGGUGGACGACGCCAAACUCAACCAGCUGCGGCGGGAGGGGAUCCGCUACGCCCGCAUCCGCCUCUGCCACGACGACGUCUACUUCAUCCCCCGCAACGUCGUCCACCAGUUCAAGACGGUGUCGGCCGUCUGCAGCCUGGCCUGGCACGUCCGCCUCCGGAAGUACCAGCAGGUGGAGGAGGAGGAGGAGGAGGAGAAGGAAGAAGAGGAAGAGGAGGAGGAGUUGAAGGAAGAAGAAGGAGAGCAGCUUGAGCUGAAGGAGGCGGAGUCAGACGCCAUGGAAAACGAGGAAGAGGAGGUGAUCACAGAACAGAGAGCUGAGAGAGGAGUGAAGGAGCAGAUAAAGGUGGAGGAGGAGGAGGAGGAGGAGGAGGAGGAGGUGUCCCUAAACAGGACGUUGCUGCCCCCCAGAGGAGAGGAGCAGGAGGAUCCUCCUCCUCCUCCUCCUCCUCCUCCUCCUCCUCUUCCUCCUCCGUCAGUGACCUCCAUCAAAGUGGAGGAGGAGGCGACCGGCGAGAGAAGCGGUCAGGGUUCGACUCCUGAGAAGGUGAAGACAGAAGCUCCGCCUCCCUCUGCGACUACGCCGCCUCCUCCUGCCGCCCCCCGCGGUCACGACUCCAAACCUAAAGCCACGCCGAAGCAGCAUCAUCAUCCUCACCGGCGUCAUCAGUCGGAGAGCAGAGCAUCUUCCUCCUCCUCCUCCUCCUCUUCCUCCAAUGCUCCUAAAGCAGCUCCUGUCUCCAAGUCUUCCUCUCCUUCAGGAUCUCCUCUUCCUUCCCUCCACUCGUCGUCCUCUGCAGCUCUUCAUCCUCCUGCCUCCUCUUCCUCGUCUGCAGCCUCCUCUCAGCCCUCCGCCACCCCUCCCUCCUCCUCCUCCUCCUCCUCCUCCUCCUCCUGCUCUCCGCUGCCUCGCUCCUCUCAGGCAGAUCAGCCCGGAGACUCCGUCCAGCUGAGGACAGACGUCCGCUCAGACACGCCGACCGUGGACGGAAAGUCACCCGGUUCUCAACCCAAGGCCCGGACCCACAGACAGGCCGCUCCAGCUCCAGGGGGGUCACAGACUCACCCGGUCCACAACUCGCGGACUCAGCUGGACUCCCAGACUCCAACAGCCCAGAACACCCGGACUCACCCGGUCCAAGACUCGAGGACUCACUCCGACUCCCGGACCCACCCGGUCCACGAACCCCGGACUCCACUGGACUCGCGGACUCCCCCAGUCCAGAACACACGGCCUCACCCGGCCCACGACUCGCGGACUCAUCCCGACUCACGGACUCACUUGGUCCACGAUUCGAGGACUCACCCCGUCUAUGAUUCGAGACCUCACCCGGUCUAUGACUCGAGGGCCCACCCGGACUCCAGGCCUUACCCGGUCCACGAUUCGAGGUCCCACCUGGAUUCGAGGACUCACCCGGACUGGAGGUCUCACCCGGACUCGCGGACUCACCCGGUCCCCGAGGCGUGGCCUCACAGGCGGGACUCGGACUGCAGGUCCCCGGCGGACCCCCCCCUGCACCCCCCACACGACGGCUCCAGGCCGGGGAUCUACAUGCAGCAAUACACGCCCCCGCACCUCCCGCCUCCGCCUCCCCCUCCCCACCUCCCUCAGAUGCUGCCCCCCUCCUACUCCCCCCUCAUGCCGCCCCACUCCCACCUCCCUCACAGACCCCCCGUCCUCCCCCCCGGCCCCCUGUCCAGCCCGUCCCCCACCCCUCCUCUGAACUCCUUCCUCACCCAGAGCGCCCCUCCUCCCCCUCCCCACCCCCCUCCCCACCCGCUGCACCUGCCCCCGCCCCACCCGUCCUCCCAGUCGCAGCCGUACUGCCCCCAGUCCCUCCCCCCCCACCUGCCCCACUCGCACCAGUACGCCAAGCCCUUCUACCCCCCCCAGCACCCGGGCUUCGCGCCCCACCCCUACCUGCCCCCCCAGUCCUUCCUCCCGCAGCCGCCGGCGCCGUACCCGUUACAGCCCCAGUACCAGCCGGGGGGCCCGGUGCAGCUCCCCCCCACGCAGCCCUUCCCUCGCCCCCCGCCGCCUCCUUCGUCCUCCCCGCCGCCGCCGCCUCCCCCCCUGCCGCCCCCGCCCCCCCCCCUCCGCCUUCGCCCCUCCUCCGCAGCAUGACGAGGAGCAGAUUUUCUAGUUUUUGUACAUAAAGUCGCCUUCUUGCUUGUUUCGGUUUUUUCGCUCACGUUGAUGUAAUAUUGUGUAAAAAGAGACGGUUGACGACGGGCGUUUCGGACACAGUGUCGGACUCUCUUCAAACCCGAACCGGCUCGGAUUGUACCCAUUCAGAAACUCCCAGGAUGCCGUCGGCGCUCCGGGUCGUCCACCUCUGCCAAACUGCUGUCCGUUCUGACUCUCAGACGACAAAAGAACCGUAUUUAUAAGGAAAAGGUCACGGGCCUGACCUUUCUGUCAGAGUUGCAGCUAAAUGCUUCCAGAUUUGUUUGUGUUUUCUUUGUACCUGAGACUGUUUCAGAAACUAACCGUGGGUCAGACGGCGACGUCACACACCUCCGUGAUAUCGCUCCAUUUCCUCCGCUGCGUCGGAUCGACACACUUAUGUCACAGAACUUUUCCCCCGCCGGUGUAUUUUGAGCAAUAAUGCUCUGCAAUAAGUUUUCUAAUCACUAACCAGACGAGGAGGUUUGUUUUUCUUCUCAAAAUUAGUCCCAGAUGAGACCUGAAAUUCCUCCUCCUGACUCUGUUACAGAAGUUUAAUUCACCACAGGAAGUUCUGUUUUUAGCUCCCAGAAUCCUCUCCAGCGUUUAGAAUCAUGUUCUGUUCUCUCGAAUCGAUUCUGUAGCUCCAAAUACAAUAAGGAAAGAAAAAAAAACAACAGUUCAAUAUGAGCAAAAUGAGACGGAAUGGAGAAACGGGAAGAAACCUGCAGAACCGGAGUCAGACCAGACUUUAUUUCUGUUAAUCUUCCACUUCCGUCUGCAGUUUUCACGUGUCGAACGGAUUUUCUUUCCACUCUGUGGUGAAUGAACUCCAUCAUGUCGAAUCUCCUCUGAAGCCGUUCAAAGAGCAAUACCUCCCCGGAUGUCAGAGCCCCCCCCCACCCCCCCCCCCCCGCCCGCGUGACCCUCCUCAGCACUUUCCACCGUUCCUCAGUUCAAGACGACCGACGGGGCUUUUUCAGGUUCUUCCAACACUAAAAACCGUCUGCGAUCCUCUUUGUUUUUAAGUUAUGGGGCGGCGUGGAGAGACGGCCCGCUGCUCGGAGCUCAUUCCCAAAGCACUGUUUUAUUUAUCCAGCAGGGAUGGACAGGGACAUCUCCUGUGUUUUUAACUAUAAAUUAUUAAAAAAAAAAAAGCUCUUGUUUCUUAGCUGUAUUUAUCUGGGCUCGGUGGAGCCCGGCGGUCUCGGUCUCAUCGUGGAUGUUGGAGCAACACGCUCGCUUGAUGUAGCCCUCGACAUUUCCCCAGUGCCUGUCUUUAACUGUGAACUACCGGAGGUGAUAACGAAGCACUUGAUACCAGAGGAAAGGCGCUCCGCAGCCCGUUUCUGUUUCUUUUUAAAAGCUUUUCGACCGUUUGAGUUGUUACAAAAAAAAAACACGACAGGAACUUCUAUAUUUUUUGUACAAAUUGUGAGAAAAAAGUUAGAAGAUAAUUUAUUUAUCUCUCAUGUGGUUUUCUGUCCUUUUCAGCACUGUAGUGUACAGAAGAGGUUUUGUAAAGACGGGAGGAAGAAAUAACAAAAAUGAACUUGUAUUGUGGUUUCUACUUUAAAUAUGAGCCCGGCUAAUAAAAGGUUCAGUGUAUGAAAA